UAUAGAAAUCAUUUUGUGAAGCAUGCAGGAUAAAUGGUUCACAUAUUUGUUUGUAAAUAGAUUUAAAAAAAUGGUUACUGGAAAUACGGUAGGUAUGAAGAGACUUGCGCAGCGCAUGUAUCGUCUGCGCAUGCGCGAUCCGCCUCCUGCUAACAUGGCGCAGCAAGAGCCGAAUGGAGAUUUUCCAUAUUUACCUUCAGGGGCGGCCGAGGUGAACCGAAUGAUAAAAGAGCACAGUGACUUGUUCUCUGAUUCACAGUGUAAAGUGUGUAGUGCUGUCUUAAUCUCAGAAUCCCAGAAACUUGCACAUUACCAGUCAAACCUCUUCUGCUCCAUCUGUCAAUCUUCCUUCAACAAUCCCCUCAUGGCUCAGCAGCACUACAGUGGCAAGAAACAUAAAAAACACCUGACUAAACAGAAGCUGAUGGAGACCUAUGGGCCGUCCUCUGCACCAGAUGUUCAGCAGACCCCUCAGCACAGAAAGAGUCGCUCGCCUCCCGAGAAAUCUCUGGCUCUGGGUUAA